AUGUCCGCCCCAGGAGCGUCCAUGGGACCCCAAACCCAACACUACACAAUCCCCAACUUCAAGUUCGAUAAUGGCGACACGCUUCCAGAGGUCAAGCUCGCCUACCAAAUCAUCAACCCGCAAAACAAAAAAGUGGCCGUCGUAAACACCUGUUUCAAAGGCCGCCUAAAUACGACCCUCACCCACUCACAAGGCGCCUUCAAAGAUCACAAGAUAAUACUCAUCGCGCUGCUCGGAAACGGUGAAUCAACCAGCCCAUCCAACACCCAGAACUUCCCAAAGACACUCGAAUACAUGGACUGCGUGAGAGCAGAGUAUAAGCUCCUCAAAGAAGAAUUACAAAUUGAGUCUGUAGACGCUAUGCUAGGCUUCUCCAUGGGCGGCCAGAUUACGUACCAUUGGAUCACAAUGCAAGUAUUGCCCGGGUACCCAGACUUUGUGCGCAAAGCGGUCAUCGUGUGUUCAUCCGCGCAAACGAGUCGGCACAAUUUCCAGUUCCUCGAGGGUCCAAGAGCUGCGCUUGAAAAUGCAAAAGAUGAGGAAAGUGGCAAGUACGCGUUCGGCAAAGCGUACUCGGCGUGGUUGACGAGCGCUGAAUGGUUCGAUGAGGAGCUGUACAGAGACAUGGGUGCACAGAGUCUCGCUGCUUGGGACAAGAACGUCAUGGAUGGCUACAAUGACUGGAGUGGUAAGGACUUGCUUGCUAUGCUGGGUAUGUGGCAGCGUGGGGAUAUUGCGCGGUGUGUGCCAGAAGCGAAGGGCGACCUGGGGAAAGCGCUGCAAACAAUUCAAGCGCAGGUUUUGUUGAUGCCGUGCAAGACGGAUCAGUAUUUCAGGCCGUAUGUCAACGAACGAGAGAAGGAGAAACUAAGCAACGCCAUCGUUGCCGUGGUUCCUAGUAUAUGGGGCCACAUUGUGGGAGGUGAUGCAGACAAGGAUGCCACCAGAUGGAUGGAUGAUAAGAUUCAAACCUUCUUGCGCAAUUAG